AUGCAAUACUUGGUUGCGAAUUCCUCCGGUUACUGUUUCAAGUUUGACUUGCAGGAAUGCUUAGUUGAAAGUGGUAAUGUAGCUGCUAAAAAACAGAAUUUUUUAGAGGUCUUGCGGCCAAGUCAUGACUAUGCUAAUGGGUUACGAGAGGCGGAAAUGCUUCUCAACGAAACCGUGGAACGUCGCAGUGAGGGCACUGUGUUAGAAGCACAUCUGCUGCUUGCAAAAUUACAUUAUGCAUGCGCCUCCUACACACAGGCUCUAAAAGACAUCGAAAAUUCUGGGAUGGAGCUAGCCAAUACACCUUUUCGUACUUUGCGAGCUCUACGAUUAGUUGCUGAAGUGUACGCAAUAAAAGGCUUUUGCUUGGAGGCAAUCGAAGGUCAUGAUAAAGAAUCUAGUAAAAUGAAGGCUCUGUUCUGCUAUGAGAAGGCUGCUGAGUUGGCGAUCCUAUAUGUUGGAGAAAUUGAGAAAAAUAUUGUCGGUGGUUCAGGAAAAGGGAGCGCAGCGAGCUCUCUGCAGCAGUCUCGACCUGAGAAGCUAGGAGACAUUCUUGAGUGUUGUUUGGAACGCGUGGCGGCGUUAAGAGUUCGAGAUUCAACAAUUGAGAGAAAGAGUAACGUGGAAGGAAUUGAGUGGUAUCGCCGUAUAAUAACAUGCCUCGGUGAUAAGUCGACGGGAGAGCGGUUGCAACAGAAAAUGUCUCGACAAUUUGCCGAACUUCUUAUGCGAGCAGUUCCGGCAGAUCUGAGAGGUGGAACGACGAGUCAAGCCGUAAGCAUGAAAAGCCAGAAUUUGAGGUAA